AUGGACUGCUUUGACCCGGAGCACAAGAAGAGAGGCAGGCCGAGGAUAUACGACGUGAGCAUCAACAAGCCCACGUUUGAGAUCGCGCCCAAGGACGCAAGACACCACCCGACAAUGCAACCGCGAUAUGCCAUGUUGCCGCAACAAAGCUCAACCCCAAGGCCCGAGAAGGCGGCGCUGCUUCUUCCCUUGCCGCAAGAAAGAUGGGCGUCGUCGUCGCAAUACCUCGGGCGCGAAUCGGCAUUUACGCAAUUCCAUCUGAGAGAGCCGACAUGUCCACCGCUCUUAAGGAGGGAUUCCAUGCACCUGCAGUUCCGGCGAGACUCGACAUCAUCACAGUCGUCGUCGAUUCAUUCGACGAAUAUCCACACGUCAAUGCUGCCGGGAGCAGGAACACCUCCAGAUACACCGUCGGGUCCCAUGUGGACGAACCCGUUCGCUUCGGAGGGCAACAAAUGGAUAUACGGAGAGGGGGCGUCUGGCAAGGUACAGCUACGCGAAGACGGUGGGCGAAGCGUGGUGUUUCCGGAGGCAAAGAAAGGACGCGGUCUUUCGAUCGACGAGCUCCUUUGCUAA